AUGUGUCCAGAAGCAAUGAUAUUGAUAAUAGUUAUCACAAUAUGUGCCUCAUAUGUUGGUUCAUCAAAAAAUGAAACAGCGUUUAACAUAAAAGAUAACGACAUAGAUAACAACACAAAAGCUACAGAGGUGUCGCCAAAUAAAAAUGUUAUAAUAAGUACAACACCGGAAUAUGAUGCUCUGGAAAUCAAAGAUAACAAUACAAUAGGGAUGUACAAUUUGACAACUCGUGUUGAGGAUGUGAGAAAUAGUUAUUUUAUAAGCUUAAGAAACAACUCUGCAAUAGUGAAUGAUGGAAACAUAUCAAACCAAAGCAUCAAUACUAAAGUUGAAGAGAUAAAUACAACAAAUUACAAUGAUAACGAUAUCAAGCAUGUUGAUAUAACAACAGUUACAAGUUCGAUCCUUCUAAAAGAUUCGUCAAGACAAGUAGAAGACAAAGUGCCACAUGAUAGAAAAAAUGACGAACUUAGGGGUUUAAUGUUGGAAAAGACGAAAGUAAUGCUGCAACACCAUCUACAACUAGUACCUAUGGAAGAUAAACCGUUUGACUCACAGAUGUUACAGAGUCAACGUUAUAUGAUAAGUAUAUUAGUACCAGUUGGUGUUGGCUUGAUUGGUGCCAGUAUGAUUGUAUGCACGAUAGUGACGUUAAGAAAAGUUGCAAAUAAAAGAGUCGUUCACACGCCACUCGAUGAUGACAUAGAGGUUGAAAGGUCAAUGACAACGCACAUAUCAAGUGUCAGUGCAGAUACUACAGACAAAGUGUUUUUAUUGCAUACAGAUGAAAUUUGACAACAUCUAUUAUAUUAACAUUCCAUCUUAUUUCAAUUUUUUAUGUUUUGUAUAAACAAUGGGACUUAAAAGUUGCUGUUGAGGACAUAACAAAUUUGCUAAGCUAAAACACUUGUAUUGUGAUAACUCCAGAUUCAAAGAAUUUUUCGUGACAGGAUUUGGAAGUAAAACAAAUCGAAAUUGUAUGUUUUCUAAUAUCAGGUAUCACUCAAUUAUAAUUAAACUCAAAUAGCUUUGAGACUUUUUUCUUUAAUUAAAUGGAGUAGCUUAAUGAUAAAACGUUGGUCUUUUGGCACAAAACAAAACAUUUGCACGAAAGAACAAAAGCAAAACUUGUCUUAAUGAGUGCAGGUAAUGUUUUCCAAGAUUACAUCUGGCGAGAGGAAUCACAGGUUAUUGUCAUAUAAGAAUCCAGAAUAAUACUUAUUGUGGCAUAAACAUUAGAAAAAAGCACAUUUAGAAAUGUCUAGCAGAAAAUAACUAAUUAAGCAGGAAAGCAAAUUUCCUCCUUUUUUCCACAUGACUAAUCGAUAUAGGAUGAUCUUUAAUAUAAAGUAUCAUUAGAAGCAAUUAUAAACCAAGGAUGAAUCCAUGUGCUUUUAAAUGAUCUGUAAAAUAACCUCAAAGAAAUAAAUUUGUCAUCAAGACAGUUUUAAAUUCUAGGUAAUGAGAUUCUUUCAUUAUUGACCUUAAUUUUAAAAUCUGUAAGAUAAAAAAUAAACAGUUUUUGUAAACUUAGAGCGGGGAAGAAUAAUUUCAGUUUAAGUAAAGGUGAUCGCGAGUGAAAUUGUGUAAAAAAAGAAUAGGGAAACUUUUUUUCCAUUCAUCUUAUUUUAAAAAGAGCUAGUGCAGAAUUUUUUUUCAUCAUUGCAACUUUGAAUGAAUUGAAAGAAACAUUGUUUUCA